GCAGUGUACUGCUUCUCAGUGGCACCCGCCGAUUAGCCGUGGAGCGAUAGGUUCAACGACACAUUUUCUGUAUCAGAUUCGACAAGCGGAGUCGGCCAGUGCAUCCGGACGCGAUACCCACCACUUCAAGACCCCAAGAUGUGGGCUACGAACCGUCACUGGAGUCCCCGAUUCUUGGUCGCUACUCGCGCGAUAGCUUGCUUUUUCCAUCCGUUCUUCCAGAGUCGCUAGUCAACUCUUGGUACCGUCUGAAAAUUUCCCUCACGGUUUCCCCUUUUUGGAAACGCCACUGUCCAUCAGACUCCAGUUUCUCCAACAUGCGAGCUUGACCCGGACCGCCUGGGAUCGUCCAAGAAUGAGUCCCGGAGCCCUGCCAGGGGCAUUUGAUGCAGCGAUGAUCGCGAUGGCGCACAUGCGCCAGAUUGCCUCCCGUUUAAAUCGCAACUCAAUCUUUGACCCCUCGGAGGUUCCCCUUCUAGAAAUGACUGUCCUCUCUAUGUAGGGUGUGUGCGGUGCAUGAGGACUGCAUCUGAUGUGUUGCACUCGAUAAAUAGGCCUUGGACUUUCCCGAUUUACUACCCAGCAUUGUGCGUCUUGCCCUCAUCUGUCCGCCUGGACUGUCAAUAUGGCAACUACACAGGGCCCAGUGAUUGCUGGCGUUGCGAUCAGUUUUGCGGUCCUGAGUUUUGUGACCAUUUGCCUCCGGCUGUUUGCUCGAAUCUAUGUCUUGAAGCGAAUGGGCUUGGAUGACUACUUGAUUAUUGGCGCCUGCCUUCUAUCAUGGGCGUUCACAGCAGUUACCAUUGUUGCUGUCAAGCAUGGCAUGGGCCAGCACAUGGCGGAUGUGGAUCAGAGUGGUCUAAUAACAUACUCUUUUGCCGUUUGGCUGAGUUCAAUGUUCUACUUGGCCGCCCUGGGCUUCGUCAAAACCUCCGUCUGCUGGUUCUACACCCGACUUGGCGACAAGCAACUCACGCGCAUGUCUCUCGUCAUGUUGUGUGUGGUGGGUUGUCAGGCCACUUCCUUCGUCCUGACAGCUGCGUUUCAAUGCAAUCCCAUCCCCCGCGCCUGGAAUACUAGCAUCCCCGGCCACUGCGUGACGAUCAACGUCUUCUACCUCGCCAACGCGGCGCUGAACAUUACUACCGAUCUGAUUACCUACUCACUUCCGAUCCGUGUCAUCCUAAAACUACACAUGCCAAGGAAACAGAAGUUGGCCCUUGGUGGUAUCCUCUGUCUUGGUCUAUUCGCCUGCAUAUCCUCCAUCAUCCGAAUCACCUAUAUCCCCGCGAUGCUCACCUCCAGCGACUCCACCUACGCCAUCAGCGGCGCCAUGUACUGGUCCGCCAUCGAGAUCAACGUAGGCAUCUUGGCCUCCUCCAUCCCCUCCUUCAAAGCCAUCGCCUCUCGCUUCCUCCCCCGCUUGAUCGGCGAGUACAGCUCGAACCGCGGCUAUGGCGGAUGGUCGAGCAGCAACAUGAGAAAAGAGGAAUCGGGCUUCUCCAAGGGUCGCGAGCAUCCAUUCGAUAUGAGUAUCCUGCAGACCCAAGAUGGGGAUGCCAUGACGGGCACGCAGAUCGGGAGAAACAACAGCCAGGAACGGAUUAUCGUCCCGGAUGGGAAAAUAUACGCUCAUACGGAGAUCGAGACGAAUGUCGAAGUCAGUAAUGAGUAUUAUACGCGGGGGAUGCAGUCUUUUGAUAUUCCUCGGUCUGUUGGGACGCAUAGUUCUUGAUCUUGUCUUGGUCCACUAUACCCUUCCCUACGUUCUUCCAUUAUUUCAUCCUCCGUUGAUACUAUUUUCUUGUGUAUAUUCAUAUACCCUUCUUUUUUUCCCUUCGCUCACUUUCAUUCCUUUUCUCAGAAGGAAACUUCUAUACUUCUACAUUACCCUUGUAUACUUCCACUAUUUCCUUAACGGCCCUUCUCCAAAUAUCAUACAGGAAUACCACUAGCACGACCCUGGCAACAACCCUUAACGAAAUCACCACCAAAUUUAAGAUAGAUAAAGCAAGUAAACCAGUAACCCAAAAAAAACCCCCGUGAUCGCCAGAGCGAGGAUAAUUCUACUGGUAGACACUAAGAAACCUAAACCUAAACCCCCGCCCGCCUUUAUA